CCUGCCUCGACGUCACGACGUCACCUGCAUGCACCUGCCACCAAGUGUGACGAACUGGGAUGGCUGCAGCUUCCUUAUUUACAUGGCGCCCCUCAAGGCGCCUUCAGUCUCGUGCAAAACAUUCUGCCCUCUGACCUCGCCUCCCAUCAGGCACCCGUCGUUCUCAGCCGCCAAACAGUACCUCAGAAGCAUCAUCAGCACCCUCCGCAAUGGCACAUGAGCCAGCAAAAGCCAUGGCAGGCCAAGCCAGGCAGCGCUUUCAAGAAAGUGAAGAGGACCGCAUCACUCGCAAUGCUGGACACUUCUCUGAAUUCGAAGCUGACAUGCCUAAACUCGCGAACCGAUUCCAGUUCUCUUUGAAGGAUAACCUGUCCUCUUAUCUGGGGCGCAACAACCCCUUCUUUUCCGAAGCCAACGAUGAUACUGAUUACGUAUGGCUCCUCGACAACACAGCCUACCAAAAUCGCUUGGGCAGGUGGAAGGCCGAGUUUGUUGCAGCCUAUUUCGUCAGGCAUAGUGGGAAGGAUUUGUCUGAGGUUGUAGCUUGGGUCAGUGAGAAGAUCGGCCUAGCCGACGAUGAAGAGGCGAAGAAGACCAUAGCGCUGAGAUUGGAGCCAUUCUUGGAUGCCAUUCUUCCUGCACACGCUGUCAACAUCGACCUCCAGGGCAUGAAAGUCAGACUUGGACCCAGUGGGCGUGAUGGCAUCAGCACAGACGAGCUCGCAAUCCCUGGUUCAGGCUACAAAGAUGGAGAAACAAUCACGUCGAAGGCCAUCGGUGCAACCGCAACACCUCUCAAGACAACGUUCGCGAAGAACAAGGGAUGGGCCGUGCUCUCUGAUGUAGACGACACUAUCAAGAAGACACUGACAUCCUCACCUGUUGGUAUCUUGAAGACGACGUUUGCGGAAGAACCAGAACCGAUCAAGGGUAUGCCAGAGCUUUACAAGCAUAUUGUUCAGAAGCUCGACAACCCGCCUUUCUGGUACCUCUCUGCAUCACCUUACAACCUCUAUCCUUUUCUGCGCCAAUUUCGCGAAACCUAUUAUCCUGCAGGAACCAUGCUGCUGCGCGACGCGUCUUGGAUGAAUCUUGCUGGCUUCUUAGCCAAUCUAACGCAAGGUACCGAGGCCUACAAAGUCGACCGCAUAGAGAAGGUGCACGAGUGGUUCCCGAAACGCAAGUUCAUCUUGAUCGGUGACUCCACACAGUCCGACCCAGAGGCUUAUGGCGAAGCGUACAAGAAGUUCCCGAAAUGGAUCGGUGCCAUAUAUAUCCGCAAGGUUACCGGUGUAGCAGAGAUGGACGAGGGCAACAAGAACAGCCCGGAGCGUUUCGAGAAAGCGUUCAAGCAUGUGCCAAAAGAGCUGUGGUACAUUUUCGAGGAUCCCAACGAGCUGUACACGAAGAUUGAUGCUCUAGUACAACAUCAGUCACCUGCUUGAAUUUGAUCGGACCCUUCGGCUUUUGUUUUGCGUGUUACUAGCUUGCCAUGUUUCAAGCUGGCAGUAACCAACUUCUCCAUUUCGAUACCCUAAUUCCACGAUGCUUUUGUAGUCAAUUCAAUAUUAUCCUUCCUAUCAUACCUCUCUCUUUCUUGUACUCUUACCAUACGACUCGAGCUAGAGUAUGCACUGUCCCAAGACCAGUAGGUUUUUCAUCUCUGUAGGACGGUUAGUAAGUAGUAAGGCACAUCGACCGUUCAGCCAUUCAAUUUGUAUCGAACGAAAAACAUUGAAGUAUUUCA